UGUAGUGUCAAGUGAACCGCACCCUAAAUAGAUCUCGUUGCGCCACACUGUAGUAGAGAGAAAGAGAGAGAAAGAAAGAAAGAGAGAAAAAAAGAAAAACACGAAAACCCCUUCCCUUGAAGGGAUCUUUUAUUUUUCCCCCUUGAAUCGGGAAUUUACGUCGGCGAUGUACUGCAUUGGAGACUACUUAUCUGGCACCUGAUUAUCGUGAUCGUGAUGCAAACACGUUCGCCAAUCUGUCAGUCGCAUUAAAUGCCCGUGGAGGUACCGCGAAGUCACAGUCGUGAGAGAAACCGUACAAAUCAUUCGUAGACCUGGGGAUGGCAGCGGAGAACGACAGCGACGAACGAUCGCAUCCACGAUGCAUCAAAUUACCACCCGCUGUCGAGGUGUUCGCCAAUUUGAAGAAUGCGCAGACCUUCGCCAUAGACAUCGGAUUAUCAUUAACCAAAAUUGCUUAUUAUUCAACAAUUAGUUAUCGCAAAGCACUUUAUGAGGAUGCAGAAGGUUUAGGGAACAGUGGAGAACUAGCAUACAAGGUAUUUGAGGGUAAUAGACUACAUUUUGUUAAGUUUGAGACAAGAUAUAUCGAGAACUGCUUAGACUUUGUCAAAAAGAAUUUAGUGGAUGUUGAACGAUUUCAUGGAAAAAGUAUUAAAGUUACUGGAGGUGGAGCAUUCAAGUAUACCCCAUUGCUGCAAGAUAAAUUAGGAUUAUUAGUUGACAAAAAAGACGAGAUAGACUGUCUGAUAAAGGGUUGUAAUUUCUUGCUCAAAAAUAUACCAUGUGAAGCAUUUGAAUAUCACCGACAUGCGAAUCCAGAGUAUAAGUUUCAAAAAGCUGGACCUAAUAUAUUUCCGUAUUUGUUGGUUAACGUUGGCAGUGGCGUCAGUAUUCUUAAAGUAGAAUCAGAUGAAAUAUUUGAAAGAGUCGGAGGUACAGCCACAGGAGGAGGUACAUUUUGGGGUUUGGGAUCAUUACUUACGAAAAGAAAGGACUUUGAUGAAUUGCUGCAACUUGCAGAACGAGGAGAUCACCGUAAUGUAGAUAUGUUAGUGAAAGAUAUUUAUGGGGGCGAUUAUUCCUCCCAAGGUUUAUCUGGAGAGCUUAUUGCAUCAUCUUUUGGCAAAGCGGUGGCUUGUGGACAGCCAAAAUUUUCUGAAGCUGAUCUUGCAAGAAGUUUACUGUUCACCAUCAGCAAUGAUAUUGGACACAUAGCUAGUUUGUAUGCAACCGUUUACAACAUGGACAGGGUUUACUUUGGUGGUUAUUUCCUUCGUAAUCAUCCAUUAUCAAUGCAUACUAUCUCAUAUUCUAUCAAAUAUUGGUCUCAUGAUAAGGUAACCCCUCUCUUUCUUCGUCAUGAAGGUUAUCUUGGUGCGAUUGGAGCAUAUUUGUAUAGUACCGAACAAAAAGAUAAAUGCAGUUGGUUAGAAAAUUAUGCCGGGUCAUCCAGUUUUAAAGAUUCUGUGUCAACCGAUCUCGGAAUUAAAGUCGAUCAAUUAGAAAUUGACCAAGCGGAAUAUGCGGUUACAUUCUGCCCGUUAUUGAAAGAUCCCGUGUCUUACAAUCCGGACACUACAGAUCUCGCUCAGGAUAAAGAGGCAAGAGAUUAUUGGCUGCAAUGUUUUGAAGAAUCUGUGGAUAAAUUUGUAUCGAGAGCUAUUCAUAGUCAACCACUCAGUCCAACAGCAAAAGACAGAGGAUUAAAACUAAAAGAGAAAUACAUAAACAGAUUACACUAUCUUCAUGCGCAGCCGUUUGCAUAUGGGGCACUUACGGUUAGAAUAUUAUUGGACACCAUCGAGCAUUGCAUGAAAGAAUUCGAUUUUCCAGAUCCGUACCUACAUCAAAAAAGAAAGGAGAACGAAGAAGCGUUAAGAUAUCUACAUGAACGUAUAACUGUUAUAGAUAAGUUAGAAGGUGUAGAAAAGAUAAAAGCUUUGAUUCUUGGUGUUCUCAGUGGUAAUAUAUUUGAUUGGGGUGCAAAAGAUGUUGCAAAGCUAUUAGAAACCAAUGAUUUUGGUUUUGAAGAAGCUCAAGCGAAAAUUCCAGGCAGACCAUGGCUAGAGGAUAAUUUAGAUGAUUGGAUACACAGAUUACAGAAUGGACCACCUCACAAAUGUGCAGCCAUCUUUAUCGAUAAUAGUGGCGUAGAUAUAAUUCUUGGAAUUCUGCCAUUUGCACGAGAUUUAUUGCAACGAGGAACUAAAGUAAUAUUGUGUGCUAAUUCUAUGCCAGCUUUGAAUGAUGUAACAUAUCCUGAAUUAGUCGUCACAUUACGGGACGCCGCGAAAAUCUGUAAUGUUAUCAAACAAGCGCUGGAAGACAAUACUCUCAUAGCUAUGGAAACUGCGCAAGCAGGUCCUUGUUUGGAUCUCAGUCGUCUGAAUUUGGAUUUAUGUCUUGCAAUGGUCGAGCAUAAUGUGGAUCUUGUAGUCAUUGAGGGAAUGGGUAGAACUUUACAUACGAAUUUUCACGCUAAAAUGAAAUGCGAAUGUCUGAAAUUAGCAGUUAUAAAGAAUCGUUGGCUGGCGCUUCGUUUAGGUGGCGAUAUGUAUGCUGUGAUAUGCAAAUAUGAACAACCAUCGCCAAAAACUAAAAUUUAUGAUAUUGAAAUAAAAUCAGAGGCGAUAAAAGACGGUUGUCCGUCAAAAUGUACAGGAGAGACAACAGAACUAUGUAAAUGUGACAACUCUAGCGAUAGAAAUACAAGCAAAGUAUCAGUAUAAAACAAGCAAUACAAUUAUUUCUGUAUAGACUAAACAAUAUAAUUAAAUUUACAACCAUUUGCCUUCCGAAAAAGAGAAAACUUAAAGACAGAGUUACGCGCAAAUACGCUUAAAUUUUAGAAGUGUGAUCGAGUCUACACUAGUGUUAAGAA